AUGGCUGCUGCCGCCGCCGAGGCCGCAGCCCUCGAUCCUAGCAACAGCUCAAAAAAUACUCUCAAAAUAGAAAAUUUCGAUAAGAGAAACGCCCUCCAAGCGAUCGAAAAGAAAUACCAACAACAAUGGCGCGAAAACGGUGUCUUCGAGGUCGACGCCCCUUCCCUACAAGAAGUCCCCGCCGGCGCAAUGUCCGCCAAGGAGCUUCGUACAAAGUAUCCCAAGUUCUUCGGCACAAUGGCGUACCCUUAUAUGAACGGAACUCUACAUGCGGGGCACAGUUUCACAGCUAGUAAAGUUGAGUUCAUGACGGGCGUGGCUCGUAUGCAGGGCAAGAGGGCUCUUUUCCCUCUUGGUUUCCAUUGCACUGGUAUGCCUAUUCUUGCGUGUGCCGAUAAGUUGAAGGACGAGAUUAAGCUCUUUGGCAAGAACUUUGAGGGGUAUAAACCUGAGGAUGUCGUGCCUGAGCAACCGCCUGCUCCCACCCAAGAGAUUUCAGUUGAUCCAAGCAAGUUCUCCGGUAAAAAGAGCAAGGCUGCUGCUAAGACGGUCAAGGCGAAAUACCAGUUCCAGAUCAUGUUGAGCAUCGGUAUCCCCCUCGAAGACAUUCACAAGUUCGCCGAUGAAAACUACUGGCUUGAAUACUUUCCUCCUCUCGCUAUCCGGGACUUGAACAGCCUCGGUGCAAAGAUUGAUUGGCGCCGACAGUUUGUGACCACCGACGCAAACCCUUACUACGACGCCUUUGUUCGCUGGCAAAUGAACCGCUUGCAUGAGUUGGGAAAGAUCUUGUACGGUAGCCGAUAUACCAUCUAUUCGCCCAAGGAUGGACAACCCUGUAUGGACCACGACCGAACUGAGGGCGAAGGUAUUGGACCUCAAGAGUACACCGCAUUGAAGGUUAAGGUUACAGAAUGGUCGCAGGCAGCUGCUGACCUUGUCAAGGGCAAGGUUGAAGAUGAUGCCAACGUCUAUUUUGUUCCGGCUACAUUGCGUCCGGAGACCAUGUAUGGGCAGACUGCUAUCUUCUUGGGCCCUAAAAUUACAUACGGUAUCUACAAAGUUUCGGAGGAGUAUUAUGUCGUGACUAAGAGAGCUGCUUGGAACAUGGCUUUCCAAGGAGUGUUCUUCGACAGCGAGCACUUCCCCAAGAGUCAGGACCAGUUGCCUCUUGUUGCUGAAGCCACCGGUUCUACCUUUGUUGGUACAUCCGUCUCGGCACCUUUGGCUCUCCAUGACACCAUCAAGAUUCUGCCAAUGGAGACUGUUUCUGCCACCAAAGGAACUGGUGUCGUCACUUCAGUUCCAUCUGACAGCCCUGAUGACUUUGCUACCAUCACUGAUCUCGCAAAGAAGGCGGACUAUUAUGGCAUCAAGAAAGAAUGGGCCGAGCUUGAAAUUCUUCCCGUGAUUGAGACGCCCACUUAUGGAAACCUCACUGCACCAGCUUUGGUGAAGCAAUUCAAGAUCAACUCUCCUAAAGACGCCAACCAGUUGGCCCAGGCCAAAGAUUUGGCUUACAGCGAGGGUUUCUACAAGGGUACCAUGCUUGUUGGUGAGUUCAAGGGCGAGGCCGUCCAGACCGCCAAGGACAAGGUCCGUCAAGCUCUCAUCAGAGAUGGCUUGGCGUUCGCCUUCGCAGACCCAUCUGGAAAGGUGGUUAGCCGAAGUGGUGAUGACUGUGUCGUUGCCUACCUGGGUCAGUGGUUCUUGAACUACGGUGAGAACGAUGCUGAGUGGCAAAAGACUACUUUGAACCAUGUGGUCAAUGACUUGAACACCUACACCCCGGAGACUCGCAACGGUUUCGAAGCUAAUCUUAGCUGGUUGAACCGAUGGGCUUGCGCAAGAACCUAUGGUCUCGGCUCUAAGCUUCCAUGGGACCAGCAAUUCCUUGUUGAGAGUUUGAGUGAUAGCACUGUCUACAUGGCGUACUACACCAUUGCCCAUUUGCUACACGGUGACCGCUUCGGAAAGACGACCGGUGUGUUGAAUAUCAAACCGGAGAACAUGAUUGACGAAGUCUGGGACUAUAUCUUCACUAGACGUGAGCUUGACGACGAAGUGAUUGCGAAGAGUGGCAUUAGCAAAGAGAGCUUGCAAGUCAUGCGCAGAGAAUUUGAAUACUUCUAUCCUCUUGAUGUCAGAGUCAGUGGAAAGGAUUUGAUUCAGAACCAUCUUACUUUCUUCCUCUACAUUCACAUUGCGCUUUUCCCCCAGGAGUACUGGCCACGGGGUGUCCGAUCCAACGGUCACUUGUUGCUCAACGGAGAGAAGAUGUCCAAGAGCACAGGCAACUUCCUUACUCUCAGAGAUUCCGUGGACAAGUACGGUGCAGACGCUACUAGAAUCGCUUUUGCUGACGCCGGAGACGGCAUCGAGGAUGCCAAUUUUGACGAGACUGUUGCCAACAGUAACAUUCUGCGUCUCCACGCACUCAAAGACUUUUUGGAGGAGGCUAUCAAGGAUGAGACCUUGCGCACUGGCCCUGCUGAUACUUUCUGGGACAAGUCGUUCAACAAUACGAUUAAUGUGAUUGUUGAAGAGGCCAAGAAGCAAUAUGAAAACACCAACUUUAAAUUGGCUCUCAAAUCAGCACUCUACGACCUUGUAAAUGCCCGUGACGUGUAUCGUGAGGCAACCUUGGGUGCUGGGUUGGGAAUGCACCGCGAUGUUCUCCUUCGCUAUGCCGAGAUGCAGGCAUUAAUUAUUUCUCCUAUCACCCCUCAUUGGGCGGAGUACAUCUGGUUGGAUGUCCUCAAGAAGCCUGAGACGAUUCACCGACAAUUGUUCCCCGAAGUGCCAGAGGCAGACGUCGGCUUGUCUGCCGCCGCGACUUAUGUUCGUGAUAUCUCCUCCAACAUCACAUCCGCCGAGGCUACCUUCAUCAAAAAACUCGCCAAAGGUAAGAGCUUGAGCUUCGACCCUCGCAAAACCAAAAAGGUCAUCAUCUACGCAGCCAAGAGCUUCCCCGCUUGGCAAGAGAAAUACAUCGACCUCGUCCGCGAAUCCUUCGAUUCCUUGAACUUGAAAAUCGACGACAAGGACUUGAAUGCCAAGGUCGGCAAACUCGGCGAGAUGAAGAAAGCAAUGCCUUUUGUCCAGGGAUUGAAGAAACGCUUGAUCGGUAACAAGGAAUCUCCGGAGACCGUCUUUGACCGGAAGCUGCCGUUUGAUGAGCUUGAGGUUCUCGCCGAGAUGGUCAUGGGAUUGAAGCGGGUGACGGGUGCAAAGGAGAUUGAGAUUGUGGCUGUCGAGGAAGGUGGAAAGACGGGCACUGUUGUCGCGACGGGCGAGAAGAGGGAGGGUCUCAAUGCGGAGAAUUCGGUGCCGGGUCAACCUACAUUUGACUUUGUCAAUAUUGCUGAGUAA